CCGUGUUUUCGAAGCGUCACGCGUGUGUGCGACGGGUAGCUCACGCGCCGAAAGCCUGCAGAGGGGGUCUUGUGUGCACUCAAGUGACAGAACCGGCGUCCAGUGUGCAUUCCGACGUACAUCGCAACGCCUUUCCGAGAGUCAAGGAGACGAUCGACAAAUGGAGCCGCCGACGCUACUCGAGCUGGCGCUACGUGCGAUCGCCCAACACAUCUUUUGCUUUUACAACUCUGCACUGCUGGACGAAGGCUCGUUGCCGGACGCUUUUCAGCAUCUCCUGCAUCGCUUCGACGUGGCGCACGCCCAAGGUCUUCGGGAUGGCGACUACCUCCAUGACAUUUUCAAGCAUCAUUUGACGGGACUUGGAACCGCCAAGCCGCUUGCUACCGUCUACGCGCAGCUACUAUGGGGCCAUAAGCACGCGUGGACUCCCCGCGAAAUCGAGUACUUUGGUUUGUCUGGAUUGGUUGCGGCCGACUUGGGCACGUCCAUGGACCCCGACCACACGCCCGCGACAACAACAAUUGACGACGAGAGUGCCGUGACCGAGGUCGACCAAACCUUCGCGUCAAGUCGCCGCGUCCUCGAAAUCCCUCCGACAGAUCCAACAGUCGCGAUUCAAAACUUGACGGUCGUCACCAAGUGUCUCGAGCCGCUGACCAAUGCGUUUGCCCACGCGUUGGCCGACAUUCUCUUGCGCUACGAUCGACUCGUCGAGGUGCGGCUCGUCUCGUGCCUGUUGGGACCGGCGGGUGUGGUGCUUCUCGCUGCCAGCGCCGCCACGUCCACGUCCCUCCGGGUCCUCGACUUGAGCAACGACUGGACCGAGCACGACGCGAGCUGCGACAACGUGGUCGGGAGCCAUGGUGCUAUCGCCGUCGCCACGGCCAUAUCCACGUCACCGUCCUUGACAAAGGUGGCUCUCAAUGGCACGCGACUUGGGUACAAAGGCGGGCGCGCGCUCGCGGCUGCGAUCGCCCACUCGCGCUCGCUUCGGUGCUUGCAUCUCCGUCGCUGCAAAAGCGUUGCACGCGCCGCGGCAGCGCUUCUUGCCGCCUACGACGCCUCCCAUUCGCUUGUCGAUUUGGACAUGGAGUGGUGUCGACUGCCGGCCGGUCUGGGCGUUCAGCUGUUUGACCUGCGCGUCCAGCGGCAGGCCGUGGCCCCCGAGGCGGCGACGACGACCAAGUAA